UUUGUAAACAGAGCUAACAGCCUGACUCCCAGGGGUCGACGCAGCCUCUUUUAAAGUUUUCAGUCGGCAAUUUUUGAUGGACUUGGAUUAUUUUUGUCAUCUUCUCUCUUUUUAAUUCAUCGGGAGCGCAUAUUGUAAAGCGGUGACCACUUUUUAAACACUUUGUCAAAGUUUUGUACAUGGCUUCAGCUAGCUACGUUAGCUAACAUGCUAACCCAGUGGGGAGACAGUACGUUAACGUUAGCGGUGAGGCUGCCUGGGGGACCGGCUGCUUCGUGUGAGAGCAACCAGGCAUGCUAGUGCACCUCCUCGGGAGAUCUUUGCUUCGAUCGGGACUACAGCGGCUCGGGGUCCAGCGGAGGUGGUUUUGUGCUGCGCAGAGGGAGCGGUGUCCGGACACACCGCAGCAGGCAGACAUGAUCCGGGGCCGGGCUCAGAUCAAACGGGUCCUCUGUGUGGCCGAGAAGAACGAUGCGGCUAAAGGCAUCUCAGAGAUCAUGUCCAGCGGCAGGUCCAGGAGGAGGGAGGGGAUGUCGAAGUUUAAUAAAAUCUAUGAGUAUGAAUAUCAUCUCUUUGGUCAGAAUGUGACGGUAACAAUGACGUCAGUAUCAGGUCAUUUACUGGGUCUGGAGUUUAAAGCACCGUUCCAGAAAUGGCACAGUUGUAACCCAGUGCUGUUAUUUGAUGCUGAGGUAGAGAAGUACUGUCCAGACAACAUGAUACAAAUUAAGAGGACACUAGAGAAAGAGGCGAGACAGUGCCAGGCCUUAAUCAUCUGGACUGAUUGUGACAGAGAGGGAGAAAACAUCGGCUUUGAAAUCAUAGAUGUCUGCAAAGCAGUGAAGCCCAAUUUACAAGUCUUUCGGGCAAAGUUUUCUGAGAUCACCCCCAACUCCAUUCGGAGAGCUUGUGAGACUCUGACGGAGCCGGAUGCUAACAUCAGCGAUGCUGUGGAUGUCCGUCAGGAGCUGGACCUGCGGAUAGGUGCGUCAUUCACUCGAUUCCAGACGCUUCGCCUGCAGAAGAUCUUUCCAGAGUCUCUGGCCAAUCAGCUGAUCUCGUACGGCAGCUGUCAGUUUCCCACUCUGGGCUUCGUGGUGGAGCGCUUCAAAGCCAUCCAGGCAUUCAUACCUGAGACUUUCUACAAGAUCAAAGUGCUGCACGAAGUGGAGGAGGACACUGUAGAGUUCAGUUGGAAAAGAAACCGUCUCUUCAACCACACAGCUUGCUUGGUGCUCUACCAGAUCUGCAUGGAGGAUCCCAUAGCAACCGUCACCUCAGUAACCAGCAAACCCAAGAGCAAGUGGAGACCGCUGCCUUUGGACACUGUGGAACUGGAGAAACUUGCAUCUCGUAAGCUCAGAAUAAACGCCAAAGAGACCAUGAAAAUUGCAGAAAAACUCUAUACCCAAGGGUAUAUCAGCUACCCCCGCACAGAGACAAACAUUUUCCCUGCAAACCUGGCUCUCAGCCCCCUGGUGGAGCAGCAGACACACAGCCCAGUGUGGGGGACGUUCGCUCAGAGGGUGCUCGACCAGCCUGGGGGUCCAAAUCCAAGACAGGGCAAGAAAUCUGACCAAGCCCAUCCCCCGAUACACCCCACCAAGUUCUCCAAUGCGCUCCAGGGCAAUGAAGGACGUGUGUAUGAGUUCAUUGUGCGGCACUUCCUGGCGUGUGUAUCCCAGGAUGCCGUAGGGCAGGAGACUGUGGUGGACAUAGACAUCGCCAAGGAGAACUUCUCCACCUCGGGACUCAUGAUCAUUGCAAGGAACUACUUGGAUGUUUACCCGUAUGACAGGUGGAGCACUAAGGUGAUUCCAGUGUAUGAGCAAGGCUCCCAGUUCCAGCCCUCUGCUAUUGAGAUGGUGGAUGGACAGACGAGUCCUCCGCAGCUGCUCACUGAAGCCGACCUCAUAUCACUGAUGGAGAAGCACGGCAUCGGCACAGAUGCAACUCACGCAGACCACAUUGAGACCAUCAAGAGUCGCAUGUACGUGGGCCUGACAGCUGACCAGAGGUUUCUGCCGGGAGAGCUCGGCAUGGGACUGGUGGAAGGCUACAACUCCAUGGGCUACGAGAUGUCCAAACCAAACCUGCGUGCUGAAUUGGAGGCUGACCUCAAGCUGGUGUCAGAGGGCAGGAAGGACAAACGGAGCGUGCUGCAGAACCAAAUCCAGAAAUACAAAACCGUCUUCAUUGAGUCCGUCAGGAAGGCAAAAAAGUUGGAUGAAGCCCUGUCGCCAUAUCUGGGUGCAGCUCAUGAGAUCACUGAAGCAGAGCAGCAGGACAUGGAGAUCCCGCUGCCUGUCAGGAAGUGCCCUCACUGUGGGCGGGACAUGGUGCUGAAGAAGAAGAGGGAGGGAAACAGUAAGUACCUGUCCUGCACGGGCUACCCAGCCUGUAAGACAGCAGUGUGGUUCCCCGACAUGGUGCUGGAGGUCAACAGAGAUGACAGCAUCUGUCCCACCUGUCAGCCGCGCCCUGUUCACAUGUUGAAGUUCAAGUUCCGCAGGGGCAGCAUCCCUCCCAUGAUGCCUUUAGAGUUUGUUGGCUGCAUCGGUGGAUGUGAUGAGACACUCAGAGAGGUGCUGGACCUGAAGUACCUCCGAGCAGGAGGAGGUGGGGGAGGCGGAGGAGGUGGGAUGGGUGGAGGCGGAGGAGGAGGAGGAGGAGGAGGAGGAGGAAGAGGAGGAGGAGGAGGGGAUCCUCAUCCACCAGCUCCAAGGCCCCCCAGACCAGAGCCACCCAGAGCCCCACGUUCAAAUCCUCGCCCUUCUCUUCCUCCUGUCCCCUCCUGGACUCCACAGCCUCGCCCUCCAGCAGGUGGUGGUGGAUCCAGUGUAGACACCAACAGUGAUGUCAUUGUGUGUAAUUGUGGUCAGGAUGCGCUCCUCCUCACUGUGCGCAAAGAUGGCCCCAACCAAGGUCGCCAGUUCUACAAGUGCAACGCUGGGAACUGCAACUUUUUUCUGUGGGCAGAUCAGCCGAGUCAGCAGGGGGCGCCACAGAGUCGAGGGCCUCCGCUGCCUGCCCCAUCGAGGCCCUCUCUGGGGGUCAGUAACCACCCUGGAGGAGGAAGGGGGCUGCAGGGUGGUGCAGGAGGACAUGCGGGACAGAUAAUGUGUAACUGUAACGAGGCAGUGGUGACGCGCACGGUGCAGAAGGACGGUCCAAACAAGGGCCGGAUGUUCCACGCAUGUGGGAAACCAAGAGAACAGCAGUGUGGCUUCUUCCAAUGGGCUGAUGAGAACGCACCUCCACCAGUGUCAGGUGGGUUUGGUGGUGGAUUUAACGGUGGUGGAGAUGGAGGGAGGAGGGGAAAGAAGAUCCUGCGAGAUGCUAACAGACCUCCAGCUGCUAAGAAAGCUCGUACCUGUGGCAUCUGCCACGUGGCGGGACACACCCGAGUCACCUGUCCCCAGCGGUGACCGCUGCUCUAAGACAAUGUGAAGCUUAUGAAGUCUGACUUCAAAGUGUGAAGUCAGAUUUAAUUUUUCAAACAUGAAGCAACUCGGACUGUAAGUACCUCUUCGCAGGGGGUGGAUCUCUUCUUCUGGUAUUAUCGGAAUAUAACCGAGAACUUGUCCUUCCUGUAAAGUCACAUUUUGAUGACAGUUCCAAGGGGUAAAACCAACUUCGAUCACAAGACCAAAGUCAUGUAAAUGACUAAGGAAGCCAGAUGUUAUAUUUCCCAGACACAGCUGUGCUGCACAAUGAUACCUCUGUUAUAAAAAGGGGGCGUGUCCAAGACAAUUUGUGACUAAGAUCAAUAGAAAUGAGGUCUCUUCUGAUCUGCAGUGUGCUUCUUCAAGAUGAAUGCCUGUUUUCUGGCCCCUGGGAGGAAAAGUAGGAGUCAUUUUGGGGUCAGUGUAUUUACCAAAAUGUGAAACUUUUCCAUUAAAAGGGACAGUUCACCCCAAAUUCAAAAAUACGCAUUUUUCCUCUUAACAUGUAGUUCUAUUUAUCAGUCUAGAUUGUCUCUUUCCAGAAAUCAUGACCUGGUCACUCAAGAUAAUCCACAGACCUUGUUGUGAGCAGUAUCAUGUGGGAACUAUUUCCUUUCUCCUAAACUUCACCCACCAACCUCACUGCACAUAAAGCGUGUAUCUUCUCAUGGAGGAGAGGCUCGUGCUUGUGACAGCGUGAGAUGUAAACAUUGAUGGCAUCCUUCUUGGCUGAGCUGUCACGUUAGCUAGCUCAGUGGUGCUAGGUGAGCUAGCAGUGUAUGCCCGCUUCCUUCUGCAUGGUGAUACAGUUAGUGGGUGUAAUCGUUAGAAAGAGAGUAGGUCCUUCAUGAAACUGCUCACAACACGGUCUGUGGAUGAUCUUGAGUAAAGCCCCGAUCACACAAAAGGUGUUUUAGCAGCUGGAGUCGAAUUUUGUUGUUGUUUUUAAUGAGAAUAAAGUUUUUUGCUUGUGGUUUUUGCGUUGUGGAGGACCUGGCGUUUCUGCGCUCUAGGCACUUGGUGUUGUUGGUGGAGCACUCUGAACUCCUUGAGUUGAAAAAAUUUCACCACAGAGUGGAUAAGCACCCCGCGUCAUCUCUUUUUCCCCAUUGUCCAAUCGGAUUAUUUCAUAGUCGGGCCUUCUGUGGUGGUCACGACAAAAAGUUUACAGUUCUGUAUUUUUGAUUUUGGGGUGAACUGUCCCUUUAAAGCAGCAUUCAUUAACAGAUGUGUGCUCUGCGCUUUUACUUUCUGAACUCUUGCUGCCAGAUGACAAGAGGAGUACAUGGAGAAGGUUAACCAGUUUUAAAACAUGUAGGUGUUUGUAACCACAGUAACCUGAAGGUGCUUGACAGUUAAUGGAAAAUUCACUUAUCUGGUCCCGGAACAAAUUGACGCCCUGUUUAUUUAUCUGUAUUCACAAUACUGACUGCUUGCCUCAGAUCAGCCCUGCUGUCUUUAAUGACUCAAUGUGUAUUUUAAAUAAAAAGCUAUUUGCACAGUUUCUUAA